CGAGUUUGUAAAGAUAGUAUCAGCUCCAUCCUCCUUCAUCCUCCAAAGUGCGACUCUAUCAAACUUCAAAGAUAAAUUCAUAAAUAAUCUAGUUCUCAGAAUGCAUCAGUUAGCCAUGGCCAAGCGUGUACGCACACCUACGGGAGUCAAUCUAUACAAGAAAAUCAACGAAAAGACUGACGAGAAGCUGAAGGAGUUCAUCAAGCAAUCAUCGAUGGAUACUUACCAGCAGGAGCCCAAACCAUUGCAGGUUGAUACGGUCUUCAAUCUAGCCCGAGGCCGCAACACUUUUCUCUUGGCUGGCACGGGUUUCGGGAAGUCGCGAAUUUCUGAGAUGUACUUCAAGAUGAUCCCUAAAUUGAAACGGGCGGUCAUCCUGGUUUUAAACCCCCUCGACUCUUUGGGUGAUAACCAGGUACUUGAGAAAGAGAAGGCCGGUUUUACUGCGAUCAACUUGACAAAGAUGAAUUUCAACAAGAAGACAGCCGACUCGAUAAUGAAUGGCGACUAUAAUUUUAUAUACUUAAGUCCUGAAAUCUUCCUCAACAGCAAAUCAUUCGAUGAAGUUUACUUCAGCACCAAAUUUCAGAACCGGCUCGCAUUGAUUGUUAUCGACGAGGCCCAUAUGGUGUACAUAUGGGGCCUGGUCGAAAGCUCGACUUCGAAAACGAUCAAUUCAGUGCACCUGCGGAUCGAGGACUAUGCCUUGUUCAGGCCGUGUUACGGAAAGCUUGGGCCCCACUUGCUUUUCCGGAACAACAAGCCAGUCUUGUUACUCUCUGCCACUUGUCGACCGGUCGCUGUGGAGGGGAUAAUGAAGAGCCUCAAGCUUAACGAUGACAACCUCGAGAUUUUGCGUGGGGAGCUCACCCGUCCCGAAAUUCGCAUCAUUCGAGUUACCAUGGACCAUUCUCUGGCUUCGACACUAGAUUUGGUGAAAUUGUUCCCCUCGUCGAAGGAUGUUUCCGAUGAAGAUUUGGUACCGACACUGAUCUAUAGUAGCUCGAGGAAUCGGACACUGACGGCCAUGGAUGUGAUCGAUUUGGCUAGAGAGACCCCCGGUGCGGCGUUUGAUCCUCCCAGCUCGUGUAUUCGUCGCUUUCAUUCCUGCACCGGCGAGCAGGAUAAGGUUGAUUGUGUUGAAGAUUUUGCGUCCGGUAAAUUUCCGUUGAUUUCUUGCACGAUGGCGCUUGGGCUAGGUCAAAACUGGAAACGAGUUCGGAUGGUGGUUCACAUGGGCCGAGGUGAUCCGGCUUCAAUUUGCCAGAUGAUUGGGCGAUGUGGGCGAGAUGGUCGACCAGGGCUUGCUGUCAUGUUUGUCGAAAAGAAUCGCCGGAACGGGAAGAACACAGUCGAUCAGUUCACUCCCGCUGCUUACCAGUCGGACCCUGAUAGAAUGGACGCGUUGGCCAUUACCCCGGUGUGCCUCCGCAUUGCCUUUUCAAUGGAUAACUUACUUGGAUACAUCCCUGUAUCAGUGGACGACCCUGCUUACGUGCGAGAGUGGAAGCGAGAAAUCGAAGCUGGGAUGAGCCCUUGUGCUUGUUCAAACUGUGCUAGCACCGAGGCCGCCAAUUUAUUAGACAACCUGGUCUUUGCGAACAAGAGCAACUUCGACAGUAUCAUUACCGAUCAAUUUGUGACUACCGAGGCUCGCGAUAUCAGUGCCAAAUACCCAACAAAGCAGGCUCAGCUCAGGAAGAGGAAGAUACCGGACUGUGAUCGACCAGUUUUUGAUGCGUUCAAAGCCCGCCUCAUCGCGGACUUGCACGAAUACUACAUCGCCCAGGUUGGCUCCUCAGUCUUACCGGCGGUUAACAUCUUUGGUGAUGAAGAGGCAGAGGGAAUUGUCUCUUAUAUGCAUCACAUCAACAAACCAAACGACAUCCGAGGUCUUAUUGGUGGCGAAUGUUUUGAUGGCCAGCUGGACUGGCUAUUCGAUCGGGUAUCUACCUUCAAGUCCGAUGUGAUCGACGAGAUGCGAUCGGUCCCUCCAAAGAAGCCAAGACCAUCCCUUGGAGUCGAUAUUUCUCCGUCCGGUUCAACUGCGGCUCCGUCUUCGUCUACCCCCAUGCAGAGUUCAAGUCAGGUGGUCAAUCGACCACCUACAAAGAGGGCCCUUGCAGCAGAGGCCAGCCGGAGGAGAUCACUCGAGCGGAAGGCCCAAAACGAACUUUGGUUGAUCUCGGAACAGAAACGGAAGGAACAGGUGGCUCGGUUUCUCAGGGAGGGUUUACAGCAAUCCAAGGAUAGGAGUGAGACAAGAGAUGGACAACCAGCUAGCAACAACAUAUGACAUGCGGAUCUUUAGGAUAGAUAACUAUUAGAUAACUAUUACGACUACAUGCCUUCUUUUUCUCUGGUUGUUGUCUAUCUACAUGUCUACGGAGCUAUUAUCAUCUUGUUCACUGUCCUCAGCCCCUGCUUCCUGUACUGAUCUGCCUUCACACUUUGGCACAAGAUGUUUGCGGAAUUUAUUCAGCUGCGGGUCGUUUGUCCGGA